AAAAGUUAGUCAGUAUAUUAACUCCAGUUGUGAAAAAAGUCGCAAAUUGCCGCAAAGCUGCUGUCACUGCUAUUGAUUCGCUGUUGCCCUCUGAGAAAUUCAAACUGUCUUGCGUCGCUUAGGAAUUGUCGUCGUCCCGCACUGCAGUUCUGCCAUGAGGACCUUGGUACCUGGUCAAUAUCAACCGUGGCGGAACAAAUCAAAUCGCUUUUUUUCCGAACCUUUUCGCUUAGAAGUCAUUUUCAACUCAUCGUGAAUCUACCAUCUUGAACGAAUAAGUGAACAACCACUUCGUUGAUUCAUCUUGAUGUGCACAUUUUCAUCAAUCGACAUAGUAGGGAACGAACAGGUGUAGAAUUCAGGAGAUUAUACCGUGAAACAAUAAAUAGAAACAGCAGGUCGGUGAAUAAAUUGAAGCAUCUGGUGACUCAGACUCGAGGUCGUCGGUCUAGGAGUUAGAAAGAGAACAUAAAGGUCUCUCUAUUGUGCCUUCCAUGCACCACAUUGGAUUUGUCUUUCUGCAACAAGUUACUCUUAAAAAUACUUCACUGACACAUAAUUAAAGUUUUCUCGCACGACGACAGAAGAUUCCUUCUUCAGCGAAUCGACAUUGUGUAGGCAACUGCACUUUUUCCGAAAGAAAAAUGGCGGCUGUCUCUUCGUCUCUGGAAGACAGCGAGCGGGGCGCCGUCGCGUUCCGCCACACGGUGGUGGAAAGCCUGCUGCAGGUGGCCGAAGAAAUGACUAUGUUAAAGUACGGGCGAGGAUUGCCGACGGACCAGAUGCGGACACUCUUGCGUACCAUGAAUUUCCUUAUUUUGGCAGUACUUUUCGAAGAUUUGUGAUGCAUACUGCGAUUUUUACCAUAACCAUUGCGCAUGCAUGCGCUAAGAGUAAGAUGCAAGAUGUUAUGCAGGUUCGAAGAUGUUGAUGAUGCGAUGAACAUGAGUUCAACUCGAGUUUCCUAGUACAAAAAAGAAAAAAAAUACAAACAGACCUCGAGCAGAACCGCAACGGCUCUACGCUUGGUGACGAAGAUGUUCUGUUUGAGAAAUUUGCGAUUGGCAAGGGCAUCCAGGAGGUCGUUGACGCUUACAAUGCAGUGGACGGGAAAUUGCUCUUGCCAGAGACCGGGGAAACCUUCAAAGUACUGAAUUGUGGCUCGUCGAUUUUGUUCAACGUAGAUAGCGCGAUAAUGCAGCCUUGCAAGGUCGUUUGUUCACUCAUCCAAUCUUUUUUCCAGGGUAGUUUGCCCACCACGAUACACUCGGCCACUUCCCUUCGGUGAUAGAAUUUAUUUAGAAAACAAGUGAAGCUGUAAUAUGUUCCAAAUUUUUUAGGUGAAACUCGCCGCCCAUCGGUGCAAUUACGAGGAGCUUCUCACCUUUGCGGACAACCUUCGGGGCGACGCUUUUGCGGUGUGCUCCAUCGCGUCGGAUGUGGAUACCAGUGGGAGCAUGAAGCGGGAUUUGUCAUGCUCCACUACAUCCGCUAGCUCGACGACGUCCACUCGAGCCGCCACGGUGUCUACAGGCCCGGGCGGAAUACCGACUCAAAGGACAAAGCACUGCAACGCGACGCUGCAAACUAACAUGAUCGCCGAGCAACAGGUCCAAAUUAUGCAAAGUCAAAGUCAAGGUGCAGCAGCUGCCCAACAAGUAGGAGUAGCUGCUGGUCAACACGCUGCGCACCAACAAAAUUCCGUACCGUCAUCUUCUACUUCGCAGAGCCCGAACCUGAAUCACCCCCUCCAGCACGACCAGGUGACACAACAGCAACAGCACCAACAACCGCUGACGACCAAGCAACUGCGCAAGUUGCAGCGCGAGGAGCAGCAGCGGCAGGAGGAACUGGAGGAGCUAAUAGAAGCCGAGAAAGUGCACGACUUGGUGUCCGAGGUGAUUGAACUAGUGAGGUCCACGGGCGGGGACGCAAGCACGAAGAACAGCAACAGCUCUUCUAGCACGAACGCGAACACUAGUAGCAGCGAGCCUGGCACGAACAGCUCUUCGAGAACCUUCCACGAGAUCAGCCCCGUGGCGCAAGAAGCGUUAGAGACCGGCAUGGUGCAGCACAGCGGAAAUCAUGUUGAUCAGCAGCAGAACGCUGCUUCGGCCGCAGGAGGUGGAGCAGAAAAUCUAGAUCUGUCAACGCCGAUCACGUUUGACGACAUUGGUUCCAGGCCGACACAAAGAACCAUCGCAGGGAGUGCGAAGCUGAUGGUGCAACAGCAACAGCAAGAUGUGCAGGGCGGGGGCUUUCUUGCGCCGCAGAAUAAUGUUCCGCCACAUCAUUCGGCUGCUGGCGGGUCCGGCUCGGGUAGUUCUCUUCAACACAAUAUGGUCGCGCCAGCAGGCCAGCAGCAACAUCAUAGUAACCAGCAUCGUCGUGGCAAUGGCAUGCUUGCGCCGGAGAACGUGGCGGAUGCGGUUGGCUUCCAGAACGCGCAGGAAGGGACUGGGUUGUCCAUGGGGUUUAACCCCUUCCUCCCGUCGAAACUGCAGCCGCCGGGCAACAUGCCGCUGCCCCCGAUGCCCAUGUCGAUGCCCCCGGCAGGAGGAGCUGGUGGCGCACCGCCAAUCCCGACGCAGAGGACCAGUGCGGCCUCGCAAGCGCUCUUCCCAGACCCGUUUAACAAAGGCGGGCAUCAUCUUCCAACGCACCCGGCGCAGCACCACCCGGGAGGGGUUUCUCCUCCUUCCGGACCAUUUCAACAUCACAACAGCGCUAGUACAACAACUCUCCCACCGCCUGGAGGUGUCAUGCCACCUGCUAAUAUGUUGCACCGUGGCGAGCAACGAGAAAGGCGUCAUCGAAUGCCGGGUCCCUCGCAGAUGCCUCCGCCACCGGGAUUGCCGCCGCCGCCGGGAUUGCAAGGAGGACACCAGCGCCAACACCACCAUCUUCCCGGGAGCAGUGGCCCGGGAACAAUCAUGAACCAACACCCGCCCCACCAGCACAUGAACCAUCAACAAGCAACCAGUAGCACGCCGACCCACUUUCCCAUGCCGCAGCGCCCAGGACUGCAACAUCCACACGCUCUAGACAGUCCGCCCCCGCACUCCGUGAGCAUGCCGAGUCCAACCUCAUCCGGCGGAAUGAGCAUGCCCCUGCCCAGUCCGCCGUUAAGUGUGAUAUCGGAAAGUGCAAGAACCGACGCACAGAUGCAAGGGCAAGGGUAAGAGUUUGAAUUCGUUCUGUUUAUGUUUUGUCUUGCUUCGUGCUAUUGGUUCAGGUCGUUGUGGAUUAUUUAAGGAAAACGAAUUUGAAGCAACUAUAAGCAGGCAAGGAUGAAACAUGUUUGAUAUUGCUGUGUGAAGAUGGAUGAUAUGAGCGUUUCUUGCAUUGACAUUGAGAUCAUCAUCUUCCACUUGCAGAAAGAAAAACCGAAUAAACAGCAACUUCGUCUUAGCCAACAACCCGCAGCAUCAGCACAGCCUGACACCCCGCACGCACUUGGACCAUCCCGAUUCGGGAAGAAAUCUGUAUUGCGUUUUGCUUCUUGAUGGAUCUCGAUCUACUAUAGUAGUUGUGAUUUGUCAGGAGAAUGUUCUGAAGUUAAUGGACAGGUACGUAAGGACGAGCUUCGGCUUCUGUGCAAACUCCCACCACGGAGAGGACUUCUUUUUCUUGUAGUUUGGGUUUAGGUCUGUCCAUUUGGUAUGCCGCUAGUGGCCUGCCGAUCGGUGCGGGGGUGCUCUGUUUCUUUCAGAGUUGUGGUCGGACCUUUACUUGGUCCUCCGGAACUUCUUUGGGGAUUCGACGUGGGGCUUCCUCCGGAGCUUUCUCCGGAACUUGCUCAGAACUUGGGUAAGAACUUGCCCAAAACUUGUCUCGGAAGUUGCCCAGACCUUUUUUUUUUGGCAUUUUUGGCGCAUUUUCUUUUCUCGUUUCACGGUGGGACAGCCAAUUUUUCGGUUUCUCUUUUACGGCUCACGAAAAAAGCUUGCGCAAGUUCCAAACAAGUUCUGGGACAAGUUCUCGGACAAGGUCUCAGACAAGGUCUCAGACAUGUUCCGGGAGAGUUCCGAAGUGAGUCUCGGGGCAAGUUCCGAGCAAUGAGCCUCCGGGGAAAGUAGGUUCGUUGGUCCGGAACAAGGCCCGGGGCAGGCUCCUGCGCAGGCGCUCCGCGAGCAAGCUCCUCGGGGAAUAAUUGCGGAAAUAGCUAGCCCCGCCAAAGGGGCCACGAGGGUGGUCCGGGCCCUGUCUUUGUCGGCGAGAGUGUUUCGCACCGUCGAACCGAAGUGCCGGUCUUCGGCACCGCCAGCGGCCGACGUGCUCUUUCAUGGGAGCGUCGCCGUGGUGUGAUCCGGUUCGGGGGCCUCGCAACCCUAAAGCGGCCAGAGGGCCACUCCGGGGGUUUUUCGGUUUGUGAAGGAGGGCGGGCUGCGAGGUGUCACGGCGUCGGAGGUCGCCUGGGUGUUGGCUCGGCGCAGCCAAGCCUGCUCCCCUCUCGGCGCCCGGCGUGGAUGGGCCGGCUCCAGUCGUCGGGCGGGCCCGCCGAGGAUGUUUCUAUCUUGUUGUCAUCGCGCGCGCCCCCGAAGCGCUUUGCUUUAUCGCAUUCCAGCAAACGAAGCCGCAUGCCCUCGUGUAACGCGCGUUACACGAUGGCGCUGUCCCUUCAUCCUAUCUCCUGCUGCGCUGGUGUGGCAUGCUCCCGGCUGUAGACGCGCUGUCUCGCCACAGGGCGACACUCGCUCUCGCGCCCCCCCUCCGGUGCAACACCUCAAAGAAAGGCCUGCCUUCUUGUCGUGCCCACAGCCGCGAGCACGGACAGGCGCUCGGCUGUGGGGGAAGUAUGCCGCAUCGUGCUCAUCUUCGGUUGGUGUGCAAGCGUGUUGCCGUAGCGUUUGGCCGUCGUUUAGAAGGUGGUUCAUCUUGGUGCGCUGCUGUCUCGCACCAACGUGCAGCCGGCAUCCACUUGAGCAGUAUAGACCGGCGGAAGGUUGGGCCCCCGUUGCCUGGAACCCCGGCGCCCUUUUGUAUUGCCCCAACCGGAAACCGGCCCGACAAGUUCUGCGCAAGUUCUGGGCAAGUUCGGCACCCCAUACAUCUAGACCCAUGCUUUCGGAGUAAGCCUGAAGUUAAUGGACAGGCACGUAAGGACGAGCUUCGGCUUCUGUGCAAACUUAAACCAGCCUACUAAACUUUGAAACCAAAAAAAAACAGCCCCCCUUCCGCCUACGGUCCAACCCCGCUCCACCGGAGUGUAAGCAAAGCGACGAACAGUCAUCCCUACGGAGUUGUUGUGCCCGGUGGGGGGCCCGUGAUUACGCAGCGAAAUAACCCGGAAGCUGCUGCUGGGAGCUCCUCCUGCGCGUCCUCCUCGUCCAAUGCAAGCUCUUUAGGAACAAAUCGGCCUAGCAAAGAAAAAGGCUCCUAAACGCCGACCAAAUGAAAACAAGACGGCAACUAACGGGGCAGAAAAGCACGAAAGGGCGGCCCAAGAGCGCCCCGGCCUUUUCAGGUUGUGCCCCUUCUACCCUGACGCGCGCGCCCUCGUUCCGUGUGCCAAUUGGCGGCCUUCGGUGGCACCAGCGGGAGCAGCGCGAAUGUCUAUGCGCGGCUGUGCGCGCAUGCCUUCUGGGCUGUCCGGCCACCGGCGUGCUGCUUAGCGACUAUGGCGAGGACUAUUUUGCGACAGGCACCCUCAAAGCAGACGCGCCGCUUUUUGACAGGCACCCUCAAAGCAGAGCACGAAGCGCCCGGAAAAGGGAAAAGAGGCCUUUUCCUGAAACUUGGCGGCCCGAAGUUGCAGAAAAAGGCCUCCAAAUGAUUGCCGCGAGCAAGUGCGCGCGCUUGGUCUGACUUGGCUUCUUUGGCUCGGGCGAUGCUUCCUCGCAAUUGUUGGGCGUGCAGCUGGGGGCGCGGUUGGGUGCAAGCCGGCUUCUUUGCUGCGAUAGCUGCGAAGAAACUGUUGUCUGAGUCUGGCCCGAGGGGCCCGGUGACCUUCCGCCCUAGGCCCUCGCAUUUGUGCCUGGCCGCUAACUGAGUCCUUUUCUGGCAACUUGCGGCUGGGAACUUGUCCAAUUUGCGCGUCUUCUUUUUGUGUUUCUUGGUGUGGGCUCUGGGGGCAAAAGAAACACCUCGAAAGCGCCACUCCCUAUCGCAGCCUGGCGCCCCAUGGCCAUGGUAGUGGACAUUUUGAGCGCGCUUCAGAAGCCACACAGUUGCUAGGCCGAUUUCACUCCGAAGCUCUUGCGGAACGAACCACCGAAACAGAGCUUUUUCCGCGCAGAACAAAAGCAAUAAAUGCGUCGGGUUUCACACGAUCCACCAUCUUCCAGAUCACGUUUUGCAGCAGGGAACGACAAAUAAUUCUGCGAGCAAAGACAAAGUAGACCACCAGAUGACCCCGGUGGCCAAUCAUAGCAAUACGACCCCAGGCGCCUCUAGUACGACCAACACGCCAACGAACGGUGGAGGAGCAAACAGCCAGGCCUUGACGAAGAAAGUCCGGAUUUACCAAGCAUUGUCGGUCUACCGGAUGAGACAUUUCUAUGGCGUUCUCAAAAAAUGUUACAUUCUCAACUGUUACACGAUUUGUCAUGCAAAAUCACAAUCAGAAUUGACACGCUCAAGCUGCUUCGCAUGACAAUUUCUCGAAGAGCCAAACAGGCUGAGAAUCUGGGCGGAAUCUGUCAUGCAAGACGCGCAAGGUCAUCCCUUUCACCUUUGCCAUUCUUGCAUGGCAAAUUUAUGUAACAGUUGAGAAUGUAACAGAUGAGAGCGCCAUAAUUUCUCUACCGACGUGAUGCUCGGAAAAAACAUGGCGGGACAGAACGCACUCGUUGGGGAGCAAAAAUGCUCCUACGUCAUGCACAACGGAGUGUGCACGGCCUGCAUGACGAGCUCCACGGUGUCGGGGGGAAGCAGGUAUAGUAAAUUGCGUGGAGAACUGCUGUUAGUAAACAAAAACAAGUGCAGCUAUAAUCAAGAAUGCUUCUGUUUCUGAUGCUGUUGUGUGUUGAAAGUUGUUGUAGCAGGUCUUUAUUGUGGUGGUGCUCAUACACACACGCAUGAAGAAUUUGAAGUCUUAAAGUUAAUGUGAAACAAAUGCCAGUACCAGUAGACCUCAAAGAAUUUCAAUGCCGCAAAAAUCGACCAGAUCUUCGUCCUCCACCACUUCUUUCUCCUCCCGAACGAAACUCACCAACAUUUUUGACAUCUCCGACCCGACGACGAAGGCCGUCGUGGAAAUCACACGGCAAAAUUGGAUUGAGGCGUUUGUGAUCUUCCCGACGAUCAUCGGCGUGAGCAAAGCGCCAUCCCUGAACCUCUCUGCGGAGUGGGAUUUGGUGAAGAAGGUCUUCGCGUACGCGUACAGCAAAUCCCAGGGCAACCAGCACAUGCACUUACUGGGCAACAUGAACAAGCAGAAGGUGCGGAACAUCGCUUCCCUACCCACGCCGAAGUCGAGCGCGACCAACAUGGAAAUAGACGUACAACUACAACAGCAUCAAACUAGCAGCUCCUUGCAACUGCUAGCAGCGACGUCCACUGGUGCAGGUGGAGCUGGUACACAACCGGUUGUAAUAUCCUCCACUGCCGGAACGGUCGAGGAGCAGCGGUCGGACAUGAUUCACGACGAGGUGCAGCGGGUGCUGCAGAUGGCGCUGGCGAAUGAGCAAAACGCGGCGGAAGCGAACAAAGCGAACAACAAGCAAAACGAGGAAGAGCUGUACGACCCCUGUGCCAUGCCGGAUAUGCGCAAUUGCGCUGUGUCGAGUAGCAGCAAUUCAUCCAAUUGCGGAGACGAUCCUGCUGUAGUCGCAGCCAGUCAACAACAUCUCAGCCUGAACUUGAACACGGACAUCAACAUGGCUGCAGCGGGUCAGCAUGUUGCAGACAACUCCGCGGCUAUGCAACAUAUCUCGGAGGCCGACAUUCUGGCGCACCUGCAGAAGUUGACCGGGGCGCCCAAUAUGUUGACACCGGAGGAAAUGAACGGUAACAACCCGUUCAAUAAUCCGGUGCUCCCCAGCUUUAGCUAAGUUAGAAACGACAAGUACCUGCUUUCAACCGCACCUUUAUCUAAAAUGUACCUGCUGAAAUUGAUGAAAAGACACGACCAAUCGAAACCAGUUUAUCAAAAUUUUGAGUUGCUAACUUUGUUUGUAUUCACCAUUGAAAACUUUGAGUUUAUCCUGCUUACUUGAUGCCCGUUGGCGAGAAGAAUUGCGACACUAUGAACGUUAACCAUCAAGACAUUAAGUAGCCUUGCUUUUCAUGUUCUCCACCCCCCUAUUUCAUUCUAGCUUUUUUACCGAAACUGCCUGAGUGUUUCUACUUCUACGUUCAAAUAAACAGACUGCUGCGACGAGUUUCGACGCAUGCCUUAUACCCUUUUACUAUACACCUUUUGCUCCUACGCUGCCGCAGCUUGCUACAUGCCUUUUUACCUGCGUUCUUGCUUACUUGGAAGUAUACUGUACGACACGACCUACCAACGCUUUUUUACGAAACACUGAUACUCACUUAUCUCAGACGACUACGACCGGAUUUUUCUACUAGGACUGUUUGAAUUCUUGCCGUUCUUGACAAUGCCAUCUGCGGCUUGCGAACAAAAAAAAACCAGGUCGUGAAGAUACUGCGGACAGUGGAGUCAAUAUUCCGUUCCCAGAAAAACCUAAUUGUCAGGGUCGCUCGACGCCUCUCGGUAUGAAGAUGAUGAACACGCCACAGUGUGUGCUGUGUUUGUUUUUUCUUUGCUCCUCGCCUGGUUCGGGUCAUCUGGUUUGCGGUCUUCGCUGUUAUUCGGUUCGGAAAUUUUCUCGGUC